AUGGACAAGAUUCAGAACGCCGCCAACUACGUCUCUGACACCGUCAAGGGUGCCACCAGCACUGCCUCCAAGGAGACCAACAAGUCGGUCGCCAAGGACAACAACGCCGACUUCACCACUCGCGCAUCCGCCGCCAAGGACGCAGUCGGUGACAAGGUCGACGAGACGAAGCACAACACUUCUGCCGACGUCAACAAGGAGUCCGUCAAGCACUAA